UGCAAACAAUAUGAUUAUUAAUCAUUAAAAAUAUAUACUUUGUGUGUGCGUACCAAGAUAAAAUGUUUAUUGUAUAAGCAAUUAACUGCCACCGUUCCAAUAUUAGAAAGAAAAACAGUGCAGUUUUCUAUUGACAUGACAAAACGCACGUACAACAUUAUAGAAAAUAUGCAAAAAGAAGAGUUAACACAAGACCCUAGCCUGGUGCAACGGCCAUUACGUCCUACAUUCUCAUCUUUUUUAGACGCUAAGCGAGCUUAUGAAAAUGGUAACGAAGAAGUGCGUCGGUGCUUAAUAGACGAAUGUAAUAUUAUCUACGAGUGUUAUAUAUGCCGAAAUUUAUUUCGCAGCCUUGUCAACUUUAUAAGUCAUAAAAGGACCUUCUGCAAUCGCUCCGCUACAUAUUACAAAAGCAAAUACGCAGAUAAUUCAUCUACUGUAAUUAUACAGCCUUCCGAUACACAAAAAGAAGAAAAAUCAAAUACCGCAACUUCGGAGAGUAGAACUGAUGUACCUACAGUAAACGGAAGUAAUAAAAAUAUAAAUAGUGUUAUUGAUCGAUUACGAAGAGACAAAUUAACGGAUAAAUCCAAGAGCACAGUUUUGCAACUGGAAAGUGUACCUAAUAACCGUCAUGCCGUGUAUCAAACACUAAAACGUGGCGGAGCAGACUCAAAAUCAAUCAGAACAGAAGUUAAUGAGAUUAACAAUAUAAUUAAUGCAAAAACAGUUGUGGACGCAGAAGGUAAACAAAUUACAACAAGAUCCGAUGUUAAGGAAACAACUGACAUAAAAGAUGAAUUAAAAUGCAAUGUUUGUAAAAUACCAUUUACGACAGUAACAAAUUUACAAGCUCAUAUAGAUAAAGUCCAUUUGGCACGUGAAUAUAAAUGCAAUCAUUGUCCGCAGAAUUAUUCAAAGUAUUCAGCAUAUUUACAGCAUAUGCUAAAAGAUCAUAAAGAACAACCACAUUCUGCUGCUAUUAAAAAAGAUAAUAAAAUAACUCAUAGUUUAAAGCGUGAACCGUUGCAAAAAUCAAAACCAGAAUCUAACGCGAGUGUUGGAGAAAGCACUGCCCCUAAGAAUAAGAGACAGCUGGUCAAAUGUAAAUAUUGUAAAAAAGUUUUUGAUAAAGUAGAAUCUUAUUCACACCUUUCAGUUUGCAACAAAAAAGCGCAAAAAUUAGAGAAUUCCAAACUAGCUAAUGAACCACCAGAUAAAUUAGACAAUAUCUUGCAAUCUCAAGAAAAACCUGCUGUGGUUUGCUCUACAUCAGUUUCAAAUAAUAAAAUUGAUGAAGCAAAUUCCGAAUCAAUUAUAAAAACAGAAACUGAAACAGAAACAGAUAUUGAAUCAUUAAAUGAAAUGUUUGCAAAUUUGGUUAAGAAAACAUUUGAACCUGGUCUACAAACCAUAUCACUUGAUAAUAUGGAGUUACUAGAAAGCGAAAGCACUAGUGGCUCAACACAAGUAGAUAUCAAAGAAGAAGUGAAGUCACCAAUUCCUGAUAGUGACACGGUUAAUCAAAAUAGUGAUGCAAUUGAUGUCGUUAAAACUAAAAUAAAGAUUGAAGCAGCUUCACCAGAAAAUACAAGCAAUGCAUCACAUAAUGACAUUCCCAGUAUUGAAGUUAAUAAUACAGUUAACGAAGUACAAGACUUAAGUGUAACUUCUGGCAUGGACAAAGAACUUCACAAGGAAGAAAAAGCAGAAAAACCAGUGGCUCCUGUAAUUGAUACAAUUAAACCGGAAAGUACGAAUCAACAGGUAACUAGAAGAAAAUCUCGUUGCUCACCUGAUGAAAAAUUUGUACGUUGUCGUUGCAAAUUAUGUCAUAAAGAAUUUAGUGCACUCAGUAAUCUUCGACGUCAUAUUUCAAUGUAUCAUUAUGGCGCAAAUAAAUUUGGUUGCACUCUAUGCAAUUAUCGCGCGUUUCGACGCUAUGAUAUUGUUAAUCAUCUUGGCUUUGUACAUAAGAUGACUGGCGAUCGCGAGGCUAUGGCAGUUGAAUAUGUAUCAGUUCAUGAAGUUCAUUACACAAGAGACGAUGUGGAUGGGGAUAUUUUACUUUUAAAUGAUGAAAUCAAAAAAAGCUGUACAGAAUCAAAAGAAAUUAAAACAAACGACAAACGAAAUAAACGCAAAUCUUCCGCGUCAACAACUCCAGAGAAGCCCGUACCGCAUAUCGAAUGUAAACGUAAACGCAAGAAGCUAAAACGAUCACAUUCACAACAUACCGCAGAUUUUUCUGAAAGUCCCUCAAAAUCUCCGCAAAAGCGACCGAUGCGUAAUCGUGUAAAACCGGAAAAUAAAGAUUUUGUUUACGAUAUGCCUAGCAUUAGUAAAAGUUAUGAGCAGAGCACUGAUCGUGUACCCAAACGGAGGCAUACAGUUGGAAAUUCUGAGGAAGACUUAACAGUACAAAGACCAAAGUUGGAUAAAAAGCAUAAUAAUACAAAAGUUAAAAUAUGUUACGAUACAGAAACGCUAAAGGGAGCAGCGUAUCGCAUUGCUUGGAGCAAAACUAAGGCUGCACUUGCAAAAGCUGGUACUCCACCAAAAUUACCAGCAGCAAGACCACAAAUAAGACCGCGGCUCAUCUCAACAUUGUAUAAUCAACCGCAAUCAGUUGCAAUAAUAGACAAUACUGAGCUUGAACUACGUCGGAAAACGUUAUUAGAUGAUUCUUAUGUAAGAAAUUUUGCCGAAAAAUGUGAUGAUUUCAGAAUUAGACCAUGUUUAGAAGGUGACCAUAGCACAGUUGAUACACUUUUACAAAAGAUGGACUGCACAAUAUUGAAUAAAGCAAAACAAAAUUUAAACGAUAGUUUUCGCUUGGAUGCAAAUAUUCAGUUAUCGUCGCCAACAGCACCAGUUAAAAAAGAAUCACCUUUGGAAAAUAGGAUAGUUGAUACUUUAUUACAAAGAAUCGAUCCCUCAAUACAACAAAAUUCUAACAAAGUUGUACAAAAUACAAAUGAGCCAGUAAAACGGAAUUUUAUUCCACAAAUAGCAGCACAUAUAACACAAAAGAAAAUGGGACAAUUGAAUUCACAUGAAGCAUUAUUACAAAAGUCGGUACAGCAAAAUAUUAUACAUGAGAGUAUGCCGAAGGGUUUUGAGAAAGACGAUAUACCGACAACAUCAAGUGCGGCGCUGAAAUCGGAAUCAGUAGAAGAGAAAAGAAGGUCUGAUAUAUUUUUACCGAAAACGGAAUCAUCAUCACGUCCGAACAAGAUGAAAUUAAGUACAAAUGAUUUUACAAAGCAACUUUACAAUGUAAAUAAUAAUUGUCCUGACACAUCAUCCAAAGCCUUAUCAAAAGCGGCUGAAUGGCAGAGAAAAUACGACAAAAUGUCUUUAAAAAUGGAUGCCUUAGUUCCACCCACUACAUCAAGAUCAAAUCAAAGUUCAAAACACUCAAGCAGGCGAGAGUAUAAUGUACAUGUUGGACAUGGUUCAUCUUCUUCAUCCUCUAAAAGAGUAAACUCAGUUGAUAGAAUAUCAACAUUGCCACUCAUCAAUGCAAACGGAGAACGCAUAUUUGAUUCCGGAAUUGUAUUACCGAAAUCAACCAACUCAUCUCCUAUGUCAAAAAAGGGAGUUACAAUAUUUGAAAAGAUUACCGAUAAGAAAUCUAAACAUCGCGAUAGCUGGUUGCGAACGGUGUUGGAUGAGUAAUUUUUACUUUAUUGAGAUUUACUAUGUAAAUAUUUUAGUUGUUUUUCGUAUUUUUUUCUAUUUAAAAAAUUGCACCUAAGUGCACAAGGGAAAAUUCCGAAAAAGCCUAUAAUGUAAAUUAUUAAUAAUUAAUAAUUGUUAUUUAUUAAACUGAGUAGCCUUAAGCAAAAUAUGCAAAAAACAAAAAGUAUAUAUAAAUUAAGUUAGGGUAUGUACAGAAAGAAAGGAAUAUCAAAUAUUUAGUGUAGUUUUAAGAUCAAAUCACCAAACUUUAUAUAAAUAUAUGCAUUGUUUAUGUACUGUGUACUUUAAUAUCUACAAUGAAAUUAAAAUUGUUUAAC